GGGCUCUUAUGUAUAUAACCAUUCGUAAACGCCCUUGGACCCUGCCUUGCACCCUGCCUUGCACCAUCAGGGCUGUAGGGAUAACUCAGUGGUGAUAACUAUUGAAUGUAAGGCAUGGGAAAUUCACCCCCCUUCGAUCACCAAAUCACGUAAAGUCAUUAUUGUCUGAUCAAGUGACAGCAGGUGUUCAAGCAGUCGUGGGAAUUUUUCAGUUUUAAAAAAUAUUUUUUAUUAGAACGCGCCGAUGCUAGUUACCAUCGUUUAAAAUUCAGUCUCGUAUGUGUCUCGUGAUGUGACAAACUUGCGAAUAAGUGAGAGCAUUCAGAGCAACGUCUUUUUGGUGUAUGGGAUUUUCCCGUAGUUUGACCUUUCUCCGCAGGUCGGUUGGUGGUUGGUUGUUCUGCAGAGAAUCGCCACGUUGAUUUUUUGUUGUAAUUUGGUAAUUUGAGCAUUUUGGCAUUUGAUUUGAAACCAUUCAAUCAAUGGAUCGCCAAGACAGCUUGCGUUCAUCCGAAGCCUUUAAGGAUAUGGCGAGGAGAGACGCUGAAGAAUUGAUGGCGGAAGAGUUGGAAAAAUUAUUAGCAACAGCUCCCAAUGAGAUUAGAGAAAAAACAAAGGCAGAAUUCAAUCAGUUCCAAGAAUUAUUUUCAAGAUUUCUAAAAGAAGCUGGGAAUGCAGUGGACUGGAGCAGAAUUAAACCACCGCCUGAAGCCAGAAUACAACCUUAUGCAAGUUUGUCUUCCGAAUUUGAUAACAGAUCAAAUGUGAAGGCAUUGUUGGAUAAAUUAGUUGUGAUAAAGCUGAACGGGGGACUUGGAACAAGUAUGGGAUGUGUUGGUGCAAAAAGUCUGAUCCCAGUUCGCAAUGAAUUGACAUUUCUUGAUUUGACUGUUCACUUGAUACAGAAUUUAAACAGAAAGUAUGGAUGUAAUGUACCAUUGGUGUUGAUGAAUUCAUUCAACACUCAUGAGGAGACAAUGAAAUUGAUAAAGAAAUAUGAAGUUUUCAAUGUUACCAUACAUUGUUUCAAUCAAAGUUGUCAUCCAAGGAUAAAUAAAGAAUCAUUACAACCUGUUGCAACUACCAUGGUCAAUGGGAAAGGGGAAUGGUGGUACCCUCCAGGACAUGGUGAUACAUAUCAGUCAUUUUACAAUUCUGGUUUACUUGAUCAGUUUUUGUCUCAAGGAAAAGAAGUUGUUUUUAUCUCAAACAUUGAUAAUCUUGGAGCAACUGUUGAUAUUCCUAUAUUGAAUUUUAUACUUAAUCCUCCAAAUGGAACAGUUGAGUUUAUCAUGGAAGUGACAGAUAAGACAAGGGCUGAUGUUAAGGGUGGAACCCUCAUUGAAUAUGAAGAAAAACUUCGAUUGCUGGAGAUAGCCCAAGUUCCAAAACAUCAUGUAGAUGAGUUUAAAUCAGUUACAAAGUUCAGAAUAUUUAAUACAAACAAUCUCUGGGUAAGAUUAAGUGCAAUAAAGCGAUUACUUGAUGCAAAGAAAAUGCACAUGGAGAUCAUUGUAAAUAAUAAGAAUCUUGAAAAUGGUUACAAUGUAAUACAAUUAGAGACAGCAGUUGGUGCGGCCAUUAAGAAUUUUGAAGGAGCACUUGGUAUCAAUGUUCCACGUAGCAGAUUUCUUCCAGUGAAGAAAACAUCAGAUCUUUUGUUAGUCAAGUCCAAUCUGUACACAACAAAUGAUGCUGGUUCUCUAAUGAUGAAUCCUAGAAGACAGUUUGCAACAACACCUUUAAUACAGCUUAGUGGGCCAUACUUUUGGAAGGUGCACAGUUUUCUUGAGAGAUUUCAAACCAUACCUGAUAUCCUGGAACUUGACCAUCUCACUGUGUCAGGUGAUGUCACAUUUGGUAAAGGGGUCAUUUUGAAGGGUACAGUGAUCAUCAUAGCUAAUCAUGGAGAUAGAAUAGAUAUUCCUGCUGGAGCUCUUCUUGAGAAUAAAAUAGUGUCUGGAAAUCUGAGAAUUUUAGAUCAUUAACUAUAGGGUUUGGGAUGAUUCUAAUUUCUAAAGCAUUCUGAAUCCGACCUUAAUUCUUAAAACACAAUUGAUUUUUGUGUUCCUCUAUCUUAAACACACUGCAAGCUCCAUUCCAAAGUCUUCAUGGCAAUAUUUCAAAAGCAUUUUAAAACUGUUUAGUAUGUAAUCUAAUAUAUAUCAAUGUAGUUAUUUUUUUAAGCAUAUAUUUACUAACAAUCUGGCAAAUUAUAGUGAACAGGAUUGAUCAUCGGGUGUAAACAAAUUGUUCCAGUAUAUAGUCACAGAGAUAUAUAUAUAUCAUGACUCCUAACUAGUUUAACAUGACUAAUGAAACUAGGACUAAUGAAACUAGGACUAAUAAAACUAGGACUAUUAUGAGACUUGAAAAUUCUGAAAUCAAUAUUUCCAAACUAUCCAGACAGUAACUGUGUAAUUAGUGUGCUGUGCGACGACUUCCGUUUUGUUGUCUCGUCCAGU